CUGCUUUCCAAUACAUCCCUUCUAUCUAUCAUCCUCUAUAUAUGCCCAUCGUUCUCCCUCAUCAUCAUCGCUGAAGCUAUCUGAAGUACUUGCUCCACCUUCCAUUCACCCUCCUCGAUGGAUUCCAACUCUAACAAGGCUGCGUCCGCCAACCGCUGGCCUGGCGCAGCAUCCCCGCCAAGCGGAAGUGGUAGCGGUACGGGGCACGGCCAAAGCUCGACUUCCCAGAAUGCAGCUUCAAGACUCACAGCUCCAACCUCGCCCGGCAUAGCAACAGGCCCACCGUGGUCACAUCCUCCCGACUUUCAGCAAUUCCCACCUGCAAAGGCCGUCCAUGCCCUCUCUCAGAACGACACGAGCGACUACCGUCGUAACCUCUCCACUUCGCCAACCCCGAGCUCUUCUGCCGCUGGGCCAUCGAGAACUGGCCCAGGCAAGAGCGUCAAGGCUCCUCAGACAGUAGCAGACGCUGUUGCUGCGAGCGUGGGGAACAAGAAGGAGAGGAAGAGGAAGCGGAUACACUAUUCUUGCGCUGAGUGCCACAGGAGGAAACACAAGUGCGAUCGCCAAUAUCCUUGUGGCCCAUGUCUUGAGAGAGGUCUAGGGGACUCGUGUCGGCCUUUCGAAAAUGGCGAUGAGCACGGCGACUACCGGGAUCGAAUCACACGCCUGGAAGACAUCGUCGAAGCUCUUGCAACGGCGCAGACGAGUCUGGCGAAGGAGCUCACAGAAGCCAGAGCAAAUGGCGGCUUAUUGCCCAGAAGCGGCGAUGUGAGCACAGAAGGGGCCAAAGGCGAAGCUGCCUCCCUUGCUAACAGCCUCAAGGUGGCGGACGAUGAUGAAGACGAUGAAGAGACCACAAAAGAGAGCUUCCGUCUUCGGCCACCUUCGAUGCGAGGCAUCGAGAGGGAAGAGCUCUUCCAUGCAGAGCGAAGGACAGAGGGCAUCGACGAGGACGAAGACGGCCGCAAGGUACCUGGAUCUGCUGUGGAAAGCAGAAGGAAUCCAUUGGAGGGUGGCCUCAGCAUUGAAGGCGACUCAUACUUCGGAGGCUUGGCACUACCCAGCGUCAGCCGUGGGGCGGUGGAAACAGAGAUCAAUGGAGAGAGAAUCGAGCUAGGAGCCCACUUGCCCCGCUUUCCCGCCUCAUUCAAGAUCGCAAGGCUCGUAUCAGAAGGAGGUGCCCCUUCUUCGAUCGUAUCGGACCUCAUGGCCCUCUUGCCCUCGAAGCAGGUCACCGAUGAUCUACUCGCCCUAUACUUCCGAGACAUCAAUGCUACUCGGUUGCCAUUCCACGAGGGCACGUUCCGCCAGUCAUACGAUGCUCUCAUGUCGUUCAAAUGGGGCAGGGCCAAAGAAGAGAUUGGUGAUGAUGGAGCAAGACACAUUCCGUUCUUGUCCUUCCUUUUCAUUAUCCUUGCCAUUGCGAAGCGCAAUGAGCCGGAAUCGCAAGCGACUGAGGAGGAGGCCAAGAAAGGAAGUCUCAAGCUAUAUCACGCUUGUCGUCAGAGUCUUCACGUAGCGUCUUUCAUUCGAGCUGAUCACAUCGACCUCGUCCUGGCUCAGCUUUUCGCUGCUCGCUUCCUCAUAACUUGUAGGCAAAGUGCUGAGAGCUGGAGCAUGCUUGGCAGUGCCAUUCGAGCUGCUCAGGCUAUAGGGCUUCAUCGAGACGGUAGCAAGCUUGGGCUCGACGCUGGAACCACCGAGAGGCGACGUAGGUUGUGGACCCUCCUCUUCUAUCAAGACAAGACGACCUCGAUCCUCCUCGGUCGACCUCCAGCCAUCCAGACACAUCACUGCGAUACUUUGCCGCCAUCUGACGUCGAUGUCGACACCUUACCCCGAACCGCCGCGGCCGGCCCUGCAAGGAGCCUUCACGAGCCCGGUCCACCAGGCAUUUUCGCCUUCGUUGCCCUACGUCAUGCCUUGACCAUCAUCACGGGCAAGAUAGCAGAGCACUUCCAAAAUCUCUCCCAACUGCGCAGCUACAGUGAUGUGGUCAAGCUCGACGAAGAGCUGCAGCACUUCAUUGCCGAUAUGCCAGCCCCUUAUCGGACUGAAGAGACGGAAGGUUUCGAUCGGUCCUACGAUGAGAUUUGCCCAUGGCUACCUCUUCACAGAUACUUGAUCAAUGUGGAGUUCCACUAUGUUCGGUGCACGCUACACAGGCCGUACUUGCUACGCAACUCUGAAAAGUAUGCGUUAUCUCGCAAUGCAGCGUUUGCCUCUGCACGAGCUGAUAGGAGAGUGCGCAGGGAGUACAAGAGAGAUGUACAAUGGCCAAAGGACAGGGCUAGACCGCGUCACAUGGGCGGACUGUACCGGCUCUUCAGCUCUACCCUCAUCACCGGCAUCGAGCUGCUCCUCGAGCCAGACUCGGAAGAUGCCGCUGAGCUGGUCCAAGUUCUUGAUGAAUUCAUCGAAAAGCACAAUAGGCGCGAAGAGAAGGAUCAGUGCUCGAAGCGAGAAGUGGCAAUCAUCAGUCUGUUCAAGAGCAAGAUCAAGGAUCCUUCUUGGUGCGCAAGAAAGGCCGUCAAGCGUGCUAGGAUGGCUGGGCGGCCAGCUGCAGCGCCGCGGCCAUCAGCCGAGGGUCAAUCCAACGUCACCUCACAGCCGGGUCUCUUCGUCCCAGCCAAUUCGUUGGCAAAAAGUGUCUCUCUUCCGCAGCAAUCCGGUAGUAUCCUCACAUCCACCGGCACGCCCUCUGCCAUGGCCCAACCAAGUUCCUCCACGUACAAUCUAGCCCAGACAAUCUUCGACUCACUAGGAGGCGGACUGGAGCAAUUCGGUAUCAAUCCUGGUCGCUCUGCAGGUGAGCAUGACCUCAACACCUCCUCUGACGGCACAACGACUUUUGGCGGCAUCGAUGGACCGGGUCUAGGGUUGCCAGACGAUCUCAGUGGUGCGGGCAUGCCUUCUGCUACAGACUUUAGCGCAUUCUGGGGUGGAGACUUUUCUUCGGCUGCAGAGAGCACGCUCACACCGGGUCCAUCCUGGUCUUCCUUUCCCAACCCCAGUGGGAAUGGGACUGGCAAUGGAGGAAAUGGAGGCAACGGUAACGGCGCUAGUGGCAGCACUACGGGCCACAAGGGUCAUGGGCAUCCAGGAUCUGGAAGUGUGGGUGGAGCGAUGGAGUCGCCUGCUUCGUCUGGUAGUGGAGCAGGUGGAAAUUUGGCCAACAUGGACUGGAGCGCCGAUUCACUGAUGCCUUGGGGAGCGAUGAUCGAGGCAAUUGCCCUUCAGAAGCCUGGACAGGGUCAGGGUCAAGGAGGUGGACAGGGUGGUGGGAAGAGUUGAGGGGAGGCAAAGGAGUGUAGUCUUUAUUCUCUAUUGAUCGAGUGCAACGACAGAGAUGUGACAGAAGAACAGGCAGGGCGAGGCAGAAGUGCUGCCGGUGCGAGACUGAUAGAUAGCGUGUCGAUUGGGAUUGUAUUGGAGUGCUAACCAAAUGUGGAUCUCGAAUCCAGUCUAUUCUUCCACCACACGUCCACGGGUAUCAAUCCGAAACGGGAUCCAUCGUCCACCGUCAGCAUGUGCGCCUAUCCUCCUUCGCUUCAUCUGCGAACCUCUAACCAUCCCAGAGGAAUCUUCGCCUUGUCCGCCUUCAGACGCCUCGUCUUCCUUUUUUGAGAGCGGGAGAGGAGGCGAAUAGAAGAGUUGCGCCAUUCUUCUCUCUCCAAGUCGAAAGAGGAGAAUCCUCCAUGCUCCCUCGCCUAGCACGCCUGGCCCCUUCUCCAUCCCUGAGACAU